GGUAUUAACGCACCAGACGGAGGAUAAAGGGUUUCCGGGCGGCACCGAAGGAGAUCGAAGCAUCUCACGUAGGAACCGAGACAAAUUCAUUUUCCUCCCCCCAUUUUUCGAUUGUUCACUUCCUAGUCUCGUCUGCAGUAUCUACCCGUCAGCCUGCAUUGCCUGGUCAUCCUUUGCUUUUUUAGAUAACUUUUGUUUCUUACUCUAUGGAUUUUUCCGAAUUCAACGAUGCCUGCAGUGAUAUCUCCAUCUCUGCAAGAUUCCUGGCUGUGACGAACUCCUUGUCUCCAAUAUUUAUGUAGGGCCCAGCAGCACCAUGUCUGAACUGAAGGAUUGUCCCCUUCAAUUCCAUGACUUCAAGUCUGUGGACCAUCUCAAGGUGUGCCCGCGCUACACCGCAGUACUGGCCCGCUCUGAAGAUGAUGGUAUUGGCAUUGAAGAGCUUGACACGUUACAGUUGGAGCUUGAAACUUUGCUGUCAUCUGCAAGCCGCCGACUUCGGGUGCUGGAGACUGAAACCCAGAUCUUGACAGACUGGCAAGACAAGAAAGGAGACAGGCGAUUUCUGAAAAUCAGCAAGGACCAUGAGGUGGGUCCUUCUAUCAAACAUAGCAAGCUCAAGAAGCAGAAGCUAGAUGUGAAAGGAAGCCACAGCACUCCAGGCCGGCCCAAAUCCAAGAACCUGCAGCCUAAAAUCCAAGAGUAUGAAUUCUCAGAUGAUCCAAUUGAUGUGCCCCGUAUUCCCAAAAAUGAUGCACCUAACAGAUUCUGGGCCUCAGUGGAGCCAUACUGUGCUGACCUCACCAAUGAGGAGGUUCGUACCUUAGAAGAUCUUCUCAAGCCUCCUGAAGAUGAAGCUGAACACUACAAGAUCCCACCCUUGGGAAAACAUUACUCCCAACGCUGGGCCCAGGAAGACAUGCUGGAGGAGCAGAAGGAUGGGGCUCGGGCUGCAGCUACUGCUGAUAAGAAGAAAGGCAUCUUGGGACCUCUGACAGAACUGGACACUAAGGAUGUUGAUGCUUUGUUGAAGAAAUCAGAGUCCCAGCAUGAACAGCCAGAGGAUGGGUGCCCCUUUGGACCUCUCACCCAGCGCCUUCUGCAGGCACUUGUAGAAGAGAACAUCAUCUCCCCCAUUGAAGAUUCACCUAUUCCUGAGAUAGCAGGCAAAGACUCUGCAAUUGAUGGUGCCAGCACUUCCCCCCGCAGCCAGAACAAGCCCUUCAGUGUACCCCACACGAAAUCUCUUGAAGGCCGCAUCAAAGAAGAGCUGAUUGCCCAAGGCCUGCUGGAGUCAGAGGACCGACCUGCAGAGGACUCGGAGGAUGAAGUGUUAGCCGAGCUGCGGAAGAGGCAGGCUGAACUCAAAGCCCUAAGUACGCACAACCGGACCAAGAAAGUCGAGCUGCUCAGGCUGGCCAAGGAGGAGCUGCACAGGCAGGAGCUACGGCAGCGCGUGCGCAUAGCCGACAACGAGGUCAUGGAUGCCUUCCGCAAGAUAAUGGCAGCGCGGCAGAAGAAGCGUACCCCAACCAAGAAGGAGAAAGACCAGGCUUGGAAGAGCCUCAAGGAGCGUGAGAGCAUCCUUAAACUGCUAGAUGGUUAACGCUACAAGACGCCUGGGCGAGCUUCUCCGUUUGAACCUUACUAGAGGCCCCAGCUUAAGGGGAGACGUCGGCUGCAGAUGUAGACUGUAGCAGCAUCCUUCACUGGCUUAUCAUCACUCCUCUCGCUAUAUUCCAGCUAGGCUCUGGACAGGUUGGCUUCCAGCAGCGUGCCUUCUCUUUCUGGGUGUGGCUUUGAGCCCCGUGCCGUGAAACGAGGGCACGCAGUCCCUCUUUUGACAUCCGUAGGGACGGCGUGCUCUGGCGCGAAGACGAGACAGAACAAAGCCUGUGUUAGCCUUUUGCGCAAAAUACUAGGUUUCAGGACCUGUCAGCAGCAUAAACUGGAACAGAUGGUGGGCCACUCUUGACGCUAGGUUUUUUUUCCCUUUCCGCUGCUAUUCCUUUGUUCGUGUUAAGGGGAGCAGCAUAUUGGAAGCUAUAGGCACAAUGAAGGUCAUGUGAAGGAGCAUAAUUUCUCAAAUGCCUGUCUUUUCUUGCAUUUGGGAGCAAUUUAUUGACUGUGGCUGCACCAGAUAUAUUUCAUCAGCUCCUGGGGCUGAUCUAAGAUGAAACAGCCAGGGAAGCUCCAAGACAUGGAUAGAAUUGCUGUUCCAUGGGUGGUGUAAGUAAAUGCCUGUAGUAUUCAGUUGUGAGCAGUAGAGGGAGCAGUGUGCCUCCUUCUGCGUCUCACUGUUCAAGCAUCGUUACAGUCCAAACACUGUUAAGGAUGAGGUGUGCAUCACUUGGCUGGACAUAUUUCUGCAAGGCAGCUAUGAUGUCUUUACUUCCUAUUUUGCUCAGUGUCUUCCUGUGGUGGUAUUGAGGGUUGUGCAUUCUCUCUCCUCCUAGCUCCCUAGAGGAGGUAGGAAGAAGUUGUCCUCCAUGGAAACAAGCAGAGAAACGCUAGUGGGUUCUGGAGCAAAGGGCCGAGGAGAAUCCAGCAUUCAGUGGUCCGAAGAGGGAAAAUGAAUUUAGGAUUUUGGUGGAAUGGAGUGAGUGGCCCAGACUCAGCCCAUAUCAAUUCCAGAAACACACAAUUCAGUACCAAAAUAACAGAUGGCUAGAAGGGUAGUGAGGAAACAAAUGGUAGGAUGGGAGGGGCAAGGGGGGAGGAGAGAUUCCCUCAUCCCUUGGAAUCUGUAUUUUACCCCAGCCUCACUCAGAAACUCCAAGAAAGUGAGAUAGUAAGCUGGGAAGAAGCCUAACCAAUGCCCUUUCAUAAGAAGAGACAUGGAAGAACAGUUUCUCCAUGAGCCGUUCACAGGGAGGGGAAUGAUCCGUUGUGCUCCCAUGGUGGUUUCCUGCAAGCAGCAGAUGGGUUGAUCCCAUUUUGGGAGCUCUUGUUUCCACCAGCUAUUUAGCAGGCGAACUGUAUGAAACACUGGCGGGUUGGUGGUGGAAGAGCACAGGGGCAGGACAAGGCCACCUGUGUCUCUUCCUCACUUGGGUACAGAUAAACCAUGGCCCCGGGAGCCUGCUUGUCUUCAUCAAAAAGCAGUGUGUAUUUAGUCUGCCUGCCUGUCAUUUCUUUGAUUAAUUUCACCUUCUGGCCUCAGGCUCCCUUUGUAUCGCUGACUGUUCCAGGAGGAAUGUGUUCACUCUUACUGAAAUUGGUCAUAACACAGUUCUGUACAGGGAGGGGGGCUUGAUUAGUUCUGUGUUAGCCACAGAAUAGCCACUGAGAAGAGAUUUGAGCACGUUUGCCUUUGCCUUGGAUUGUGUCUGCCUGCUGUAUGUGUGGACUUCUUCCACCACCAACUUCUUAAAAGUUUGACUAAUCAUUCCUAGUUUUCUUACUAAGUAUACGAAGUCUGUUUUGCCCCACCCCCAGUUUGGACUCCGUUUUGCUUCCCUGUUUACCAGCAAGUUUCAACAUUCUGCCCAUUGUGUGAAGGCUUCAAACUCCAUUGCUUUGAAAAACAUAAAUGGCUUUAGGGAAUAGCCAGCAAAUAAAAAUAUGUGCAUGGCAAAAGGAUGCUAGGUAGAAGAGCUGGCAUUUGGAGAAAGGAUCAGAAUUAUCCCCAAAGAAUUAAUAAAUCCAGGAGUUGCUGGUGGCUGUGGUAUGUUUGAAUUUUUUUUCCAAUUCUUUGUGAAGGGGCCAAG